AUCUCAAAAGUUGGUAACCAUGACAGGAUAUGCCAUGUGAAGGAUUGGUGAGUAGUGACAGUCAACAUUGGAUUUAAGUAUUAAAGAGUUUGUCUCUAAUACUUAAAUACUAAAGUCACAAUAUUUAUUAAAAUUGAACAAAUAAUGAAGCACCUUUUAAUUACAGGAGACCCAGGUGUAGGUAAAACUACCUUAGUCAAAAAAAUAAUAGAAAACCUAUCAAAAUCAUCAAUUCUAUUUGAUGGGUUUAUUACGGAAGAAGUGAGAAACCACAGUUUCCACAGGACUGGAUUUGAGGUUCGUCUUUUAAAAUCAAAUGAUGUAGCCGUGCUGGCAGACAAUAAUAAAAAGCAAUCAUCUGAUCAGGGUGUAAAACAGCUGGGACCAUACACUGUUUACGUUGCAAACUUUGAACAACUUACUUUGCAGUUAAUUUCAUUUUUUGAAAAUGGAAUUUUAAUAAUUGACGAAAUCGGAAAAAUGGAGCUAUUUAGUAAAAAGUUUGAACAAUGUGUUGAAACGGCAUUUAAAAAGAAGAAUAUCAGAAUUUUGGCCACUGUUCCUGUUCGAGGACCACCAUUUGUAGCAGCUCUGAAACGAGACAACGGAUGUCAGCUAUUUACGUUUAAGGGAGAUUUUUGUUGCAGGUAACUCGUGAAAAUAGGGAUUCGCUGGUAAAUGAAAUAUCACGCCUAUUGAUAAGCUCUAGCUAGUUCGAAAAUAUAAUUAUAUUCCAAUAAAA